UAGCCCCACCCACGUCUUCCCUCUCUUCCGGUGUGGCCAUCAUGGCGGCGGCCUCGGCAGCAGCGGCGGCGGCUCCGGGGCCUGGGCCCGGUUCGGGUCCCGGUUCCGGUUCCGGUCUCGGUUCCGGUUCCGGUCUCGGUUCCGGUUCCGGGGCGGGGCCCGGGAAGAGCGGAGAGGAGCGGAUGAAGGAGAUGGAGGCCGAGAUGGCGCUGUUCGAGCAGGAGGUUCUGGGGGCCCCCACCCCUGCCCCGCCCCCCAACAGUGGGGACCCCACAGCUGCCAUGGCCGUGCCCCCUGUGACCCCUGUGACCCCUGUGCUGCGGCCAAUCAUAGCCACCAACACCUACCAGCAGGUUCAGCAGAGCCUCGAGGCCCGCGCUGCAGCCGCUGCCUCCGGACCCCCCAUCGGAGCCCCCCCAUUUGUGGGUCCAGCUGUGUCCCCACAGCGACCCCCAGUGCUGAGACCUGCAUUCGUGCCCCAUGUGCUGCAGCGCUCAGGUGCCCCCCGCUCUCUGUCCCUGCGCCCCCCCCCGGGGCCAAUGGUGGGGCCCACCCUGGGGGCCCCCCCCGCCCCCCCCCUGCUGAUGGCCCCGCCCCUCCAGCGGCCCCCCCCUCCUGCGCCCCUCCCCCCCAUGGGGACCCCCAUGCGGGGCCCGGGGCCUGAGGAGCCGCUGCCCCCCCCCGCGCGGCCGCUGCCCCCCCCCGCCCUGGCGGACAUUGGGCCCUGCCUGCCCUCAGGCCACGCCCACCCCGUGGCCACGCCCACCGUGGAGCCUCGCCCCGCCCACCCCGCGCCACGCCCCGCGCGGAGGACACGCCCCCCGGAGGCGCCGUUCAUGAGCCCGGAUGUGGGGGCGGAGCCAUCGCCGGAGGACAAGCGCAAGGGGAGGGGCGAGAGGCUCAAACGCUGCAUCCGGACAGCAGCUGGGAGCAGCUGGGAGGACCCAAGUCUGCUGGAGUGGGAUGCGGAUGACUUCCGGAUCUUCUGCGGUGACCUGGGCAAUGAGGUGAAUGAUGAGAUCCUGGCUCGCGCCUUCGGUCGCUUCCCCUCCUUCCUCAAGGCCAAGGUCAUCCGCGACAAACGCACCGGCAAGACCAAAGGUUAUGGGUUCGUGUCCUUCAAGGACCCCGCGGACUACGUGCGCGCCAUGCGGGAGAUGAACGGGAAGUACGUGGGCUCCAGGCCCAUCAAGCUGCGCAAGAGCAUGUGGAAGGACAGGAACCUGGAGGUCGUCAGGCGGAAGCAGAGGGAGAAGAAGAAGUUGGGCCUCAGAUGAUGACGUCACCGCCGGGGGGCGGAGCCUCGGGUGGGCGUGGCCUAGG